CCAACCAAGAAACCUCAAACAAAACAAAAUGCCUCAACAAAACAUAAUAGUAGAACAAAGAUUAGCAUUCUGAAGAGAGAAACAACAAUUUUUUUCCAGAGGAAAGGAAAGGAAAUGAGAAUUGCAAAGGGGGCUAUUUUUCUUUCCUUUUCAUUCAUCAUCUCCAUAUAUUGAGGAAGAAAAAACAAAAUAUAGGGACAUUGAUUUCAUAUUAUAUAUACCCCUUAUUGCAUACUCCAAUUAUAUUUUUCUUUCCCAUUUUCAUUUCUAAACCCUUCAAUUCUUCUCUCUUUUUUUUUCCAUCUCAUUUUCUUGAAUUUGCAUUACACAUUGUGGAGAAGCUAGAGAAGAAUGAGAGACCAAAGGCCACGCCUUGAAAGGCAAUUUUUGGGUGCACAUUUGCAUAUAUAAUGAGGCGCAUUGUGGGUAAUUGUUGGAUAAAAAUAUCAUUGGUUUUUAUGGGGUUGUGGAUUUGAAGGGAAAAAUUGGAGUCUUGAUUGAUCUCCAUUGUGUUUGUUGAGAAAUGAGUGUUUCCGCCAGUGUUGUGGUUGGAUCUCAUGUAUGGGUUGAGGAUCCUGAGGUAGCUUGGAUAGAUGGGGUAGUUGCUGAAGUCAAUGGUGAAGAGAUCACAGUUAACUGCACGUCAGGGAAGACAGUUGUAACCAAUCUAUCCCAUGUGUACGCAAAAGAUACUGAUGCGCCUUCUUGUGGCGUGGAUGAUAUGACAAAACUUUCUUAUCUGCAUGAACCAGGAGUUUUGCAGAAUUUGAAAAGUCGAUAUGACAUGAAUGAAAUUUAUACUUACACUGGGAGCAUAUUGAUUGCCGUGAACCCCUUCAAGCGGUUACCCCAUUUAUAUGAUAAAAGUGUGAUGGAACAGUACAAAGGCAUUGCACUUGGGGAGCUGCCCCCUCAUCCGUUUGCUAUUGCUGAUGCUGCUUAUAGGCAAGAUUCAUGGUUUUUCGAUGUUGAAAAAUACAAAGUAGGGAAUCCUAGGACAUUUCAUUAUCUGAACCAAUCAAAUUUUUUUGAACUAGCUGGAGUGGAUGAGUCAGAGGAAUACCUGGCAACGAGGCGGGCUAUGGAUAUUGUUGGGAUCAGUCAUGAUGAGCAGGAUGCUAUUUUUAGAGUAGUUGCUGCGAUUCUUCACUUGGGAAACGUUGAAUUUGCAAAGGGAACAGAAACUGACGCUUCAGAACCUAAGGAUGAUAAGUCUCGGUUCCAUCUUAAGAUUGCAGCUGAACUAUUCAUGUGUGAUGAGAAGUCUCUUGAGGACUCCAUGUGCAAACGUGUCAUGGUAACUCGUGAUGAGACCAUUACAAAGUCCCUCGAUCCACAGGCUGCAGCUGUCAGUAGAGAUGCUUUAGCCAAGAUAGUUUACUCAAGAUUGUUUGAUUGGAUAGUGAACAAGAUCAAUAACUCCAUUGGCCAAGAUCCUGAUUCAACUUUCUCAAUUGGUGUUCUAGACAUCUAUGGAUUUGAGAGUUUCAAGACAAACAGUUUUGAGCAAUUUUGCAUUAAUUUGACCAACGAAAAGCUGCAGCAACAUUUCAACCAGCAUGUUUUCAAGAUGGAGCAAGAAGAGUAUACCAAAGAGGAAAUUGACUGGAGUUACAUAGAGUUCAUUGAUAAUCAAGAUAUUCUGGAUCUUAUAGAAAAGAAACCUGGCGGGAUCAUUGCUCUUCUUGAUGAGGCCUGUAUGUUCCCAAGAUCAACAUAUGAAACCUUCGCAGAAAAGCUAUAUCAGACUUUUAAAGAUCAUAAGCGGUUCAGCAAGCCAAAGUUGUCCCGGACUGAUUUUACUAUUUGCCACUAUGCUGGUGAUGUCACUUACCAAACUGAGUUCUUUUUGGAUAAGAACAAGGAUUAUGUAGUUCCAGAGCACCAAGCAACACUUACUGCUUCAAGGUGCCACUUUGUCUCUGGCUUGUUUCCACCUUUUCCUGAAGAAUCUUCUAAACAGACCAAGUUCUCCUCUAUUGGCGCUCGAUUUAAACAACAAUUGCAAGCAUUGCUUGAGACACUUAAUGCCACAGAGCCUCAUUAUGUUCGUUGUGUGAAGCCAAAUAAUCUUUUGAAGCCAGAAAUUUUUGAGAACCAAAAUGUACUCCAGCAGCUUCGUUGUGGGGGAGUUCUGGAGGCUAUUCGGAUCAGUUGUGCUGGCUAUCCUACUCGGAAACCGUUUGAUGAAUUCUUAAGCCGGUUUAAGGUCCUUGCACCUGAGGUUUUAAAUGGAAGUAUUCUCAUUGAUAGUAUUGACGAGGUCGCCGCUUGCGGGAGACUUUUAGAGAAGGCUGGACUCAAAGGUUAUCAGGUUGGUAAAACAAAAGUGUUUCUUAGAGCCGGCCAAAUGGCAGAAUUAGACACCCGCCGAAAUGAGGUCCUUGGCAGAUCUGCUAGCAUAAUCCAGGCAAAAGUUCGCACAUAUUUCGCUCGCAAAACUUUUUUGUUGUUACGGGUUUCAGCAAUCCAAGUCCAAGCUGUUUGUAGGGGCCAACUUGCACGGGCUAUCUACGAGUGCAUGAGGAGAGAAGCUGCCUCUCUGAGGAUCCAAAAAGAUGCACGCAAGUACCUUGCACGGAAAUCUUAUGGAUUGCUGUGCUCUUCAGCUGUUUCAAUUCAAGCAGGAUUGCGUGGCAUGGCUGCUCGAAAUGAGCUUCAAUUCAGAAAGCGAACAAAUGCAGCUAUCUUUAUCCAGAGUGAUUGGCGGAGAUACUUGAAACGCCUACAUUAUAGGAGGAUGAAGAAAGCAGCAAUUGUGUUACAAUGUGCCUGGAGAGCUAAAAUGGCCCGCAGAGAAUUACGAAAGCUAAAGAUGGCAGCGAAAGAAACUGGAGCUCUCCAAGAAGCCAAAAGCAAGCUGGAAAAGGAAGUUGAAGAGCUGACACAGAGACUACAGGUGGAGAAGCUCAUGAGGGACAAUUUGGAGGAAGCUAAAACCCAGGAAACAAUGAAAUUACAGUCUGCAUUGGGAGAGACAAGGCUUCAGCUUAAAGAAACUAAAGAGCUGCUCAUGAAGGAACGUGGGGCUACCACAAAGGACAAUCUGGAGGAAACUAAAACCCAGGAAACAAUGAAAUUACAGUCUGCAUUGGAAGAGACAAGGCUUCAGCUUCAAGAAGCAAAAGAGCAGCUCGUGAAGGAACGUGGGGCUACCACAAAGGCUGCGGAACAAGGAUCUGUUAUACAAGAGAUCCGAGUUAUAGAUCAGGGGCUGGUCGACAAGCUUAAUGCUGAAAAUGAGCAGCUUAAGGGCCUUGUUAACUCAUUGGAAAAGAAAAUUGAUGAAAGAGAGAAAAAAUAUGAGGAGACAGUCAAAAUAAGUGAGGAGCGAUUGAAGCAAGUUCUGGAGGCCGAGUCUAAGAUAACUCAGUUGAAGGAAGUCAUGCAAAGUUCUAAAGAGCUGCUACUGAAGGAUCCUGAGGCUGCCACAAAGUUGUUGGAAGAAGUAGAGUUUCAGGUUAUAGAUCAGGAGGUGACGGGCAAGUUUACUGCUGAAAAUGAGCAGCUCAAGGUUCUUGUUAACUCAUUGGAAAAGAAAAUUGAUGAAACAGAGAAAAAGUAUGAGGAAACAAGCAAAUUAAGUGAGGAGCGAUUGAAGCAAGCUCUGGAUGCAGAGGCUAAGAUAAUCGAGUUGAAGAUUAGCAUGCAAAGGCUUGAAGAGAAACUUUCCGAUAUAGAAGACCAGCAGAUUCUUCGACAGCAAGCGUUACAUUUACCUUCUGGGAAAACUUCAAACCGUUUCGCAAUAAAAACUCAGCCUUCUGAAAAUGGUCAUCAUGAACCACAGGCUGCAACACCAGCAAGAAGGUUUGGUACAGAUUCUAUGAGGAGAUCCAAUGCUGGCGCACAAGGAAAAUGGUUUGGUACAGAGUCUAUGAGGAGAUCCAUUGCCGAAAAGCAGCGGGAGAGUGUGGAUAAUCUUAUCAAAUGUGUCAGUCAAGAUCUAGGGUUCAGUGAAGGGAAACCAGUGGCUGCAUUUACCAUAUACAAAUGCCUACUUCAUUGGAAUUCCUUCGAAGCAGAAAAAACUAAUGUAUUUGAUCGUCUUAUUCAGAUGAUUGGUUCUGCGAUAGAGGACGAGACAAACAAUAAUCACAUGGCUUAUUGGCUGUCCAACGGUGCAACAUUGUUGUUUUUGCUUCAGCAUACGCUGAAAACUACUAGUUCAGCUCCAAGUAAACCGCCCCAACCAACAUCGUUUUUUGGUCGAACGGCGCAGCUGCCGGAAAAAUCAGUGGUCGCCGGAAAAACUCAAAAUGGUCAGAAUCAAACAAAAACAGUACAGGUGGGGUCGGAAUUAGUAGACGACCCAACUGUUAUGAAUAAACUUUUUCAAAAAAUGGCCGGAAGUGGUCGUACUCGCCGGCGCAGUUUCCGUUCUUCAUCAGCCAACAUUGCAAUUGGUGGUCUCGACACUGUACGCCAAGUUGAGGCAAAGCAGCCAGCUUUGCUUUUCAAGCUACAGCUCAGUGCUUAUGUUGAAAAGAUUUAUGGAAUUAUUCGAGAUAACUGGAAAAGGGACUUGUCUUCAUUACUGACUUCAUAUAUCCAGGCAUCUCAAAUAUCAAAAGGUGGCUCCUCGCAAUCACCACGGAAGUCCCUCGAUGGUCGUUCUCCACCAGGUCCCUGGGACGGCUUAAUUGAGAGCCUAAAUGGGCUUCUCGGUACACUGAAAGAAAAUUAUGUUCAUCCAGUUUUUGUCCAGAAAAUUCUAAACCAGAUUUUUUCGUACAUAAAUGUUCAGCUUUUCAAUAGCCUUCUCCUUAAUAAAGAGUGCUGUUCAUUCAGCAACGGGGAGUAUGUAAAAGCUGGAUUGCAAGAACUAGAACUUUGGUGUGGCAAUGUUAAAGAAGAGUAUGUUGGUUCUUCUUGGGAUGAACUAAAGCAUGUGAGGCAGGCAGUAGGAUUUUUGGUUAUUAAUCAGAAGUCGAGACUUUCAUCUGAAGAUCUAACAACUGAUCUCUGCCCUAUUCUGAGUAGUCAACAGUUGUAUCGAAUAUGCACGCUUUACUGGGAUGAGGAUUUUAAUACUCAAGGUGUAUCUACAGAUGUGAUUUCCAGUUUUAAGGAUCAAGCAAACGAAGACGGGAAUGAUGCAGACAAUGCGCAGGAGGCAGAUAAUAACAACUUUAUAUUGGAUGAUAAUUCCAGCAUCCCCAUCUCUGUUGAGGAGAUUAACAGUUCCCUCAAGGACGUUGAUUUUACCGGUGUAAAACCUGCAAAAGAACUGCUUGAACAUCCAGCCUUCCAAUUUUUACGCGAAUAAGGCUGAGGUUUCUCUAGCACAAAUUGCAUGUUUGUUGGAAGGACGUCGUCCAAGGUACCACAUCAUGAAUUUCACUAUUGUACAUCCACCAACCGAUUCUUUUUCCCUCUGAUAGUUGUCUCUUCAUAUUAUAAAAAAUCCAAAGCCCCUUGUAAAGUUUCUCUAAGGUAGUCUCUUGUAAAAUUGUAGGUCUAGUUUAGAUAGGAGAAGGGGCAAGGAUGAAGUUUUUCAACCUAGAGCUUGUUCCACUUAGUCUUUGCUCUUCUUAUUGUCUCAUUUUUGUCCACUUUUAUAGUUUCCAUUAGUUAGAUUCUUUGUAACAAGGACUAAUUGGAGUACUGUAUUGUAAAAGCAAAUGGCCAAUUUAGUGCCCCCUAAAGGUGUCCCUUUGUCUAAAGGAUUUUUAAAUUUGAUUCAUGUAUAUCCUUCUUCAGCAGACAUUGAAAUGGAAUCCUAUCUCCAAUUUUUUAUGUAUCAGAAAUCGCAAAUUC